UGUAAAACCCACAACCCAAUGAUACAAAGUCCAUGCCUUGGCCUCCCACUCGUUUACUUAUGGCUAAAACGACAGCUAAUCACGCAAAACUAAAUAAAUGAAAUGAGAACCAUAUAAAAAGAAAAAGUCAUAAAGAGUAAUAAUAGCAACACACGCAAACCAAAUCAAGUAAGAGCGAGAGUGUGAUAGAGAGAUAAUGCGUUCUUAUGGCUUAACCGUACCGGGAAGCGACCACCGCUUCUGCGUGCCCACCGUAUCUCAGGUGUUCUUUAGGCCCAACAGGCCCAUUAACCGAAUCGCGUUUCCCAAGGCCACCCUCAAGAACGACGGCUUCGUGGUGGACCUGAGCUUCUACGACCUUCUGGGAAUACCGGAAUCGGGUUCGGUAACGGAGAUCAAGAACGCCUACAAGCAACUCGCCCGAAAGUACCACCCGGACGUGUCGCCUCCGGGUCGGGUCGAGGAGUACACAAAGAGGUUUAUUCAGGUGCAGGAGGCCUACGAAACCCUGUCUGAUCCUUCCAGAAGAGCUAUGUACGACAAGGACAUGGCCAAGGGCAUUAACUUCGCCUUCAACGCCCGCAGACGCUAUAAUUACCACGAUCAGGUAGUUGAACAAAAAAGUGAAUGGAAAGCUAGGUGGAAAUCUCAACUGUCAGAGCUGAAGAGAAAAAGUAACGGCAAGGAUGCUGGAGGGAAUAUGUCAUGGGCGGCACGAAUGCGCCAACAGAGGGAUGAAUUGUCAAAUGAAUCAUGACUAGGAUUUUCCUUAGUUCUCUCUACGUAACUAGUUGUAUAUAUAGAUAAUGGGUACAUCUUCGUACUCUAGAUCACAAAUUAAAUAUAAAAUUAAUGUUGAGAAAACGUGCCAUUGGCCUAUUGCUCUA